GGAGAGGCAGAGGCGAGGGAAAUCUCAAAGUAGAGUGCAAAGUCUGAAAUUCACUCCUGAGGAUUGUAGUUGACUUUCUUUGGCUGAAAACUGCUUCGCGCUGUCUGUAUCAACUGGACCGACGACUUGCGAGGUCUUCGGAGUUUCCAGCAGCACUCCCCGGUGUAUUCCUCCACUGCUCCGCGGUCAGAACCACCCAGCCGACCCGGGUCAGCACUGCUCCACUCCAGGGCCCGAGCCCGCUACAGAGACACCCUCUGUCCGAGCCGCUCACCAUGGCAGGGGCCGGUGGUGGGAACAGUGAUGUGCAGUGGUGCUUUUCCCAAGUCAAAGGAGCGAUAGAUGAUGAUGUCGCUGAAGCUGACAUCAUAUCCACUGUUGAAUUCAACCACUCUGGGGAGCUACUGGCCACUGGGGACAAAGGAGGUCGUGUUGUCAUCUUUCAGCAGGAGCCAGAGAGUAAGAAUCAGCCGCAGUGCAGAGGAGAGUAUAAUGUUUACAGCACCUUCCAGAGCCACGAGCCUGAGUUUGACUACCUGAAAAGCCUUGAGAUCGAGGAGAAGAUCAAUAAGAUUCGAUGGUUGCCUCAGAAGAACGCAGCACAGUUCCUUUUGUCUACAAAUGACAAAACCAUAAAGCUGUGGAAAAUUAGUGAGCGCGACAAGAGACCAGAGGGCUACAAUUUAAAGGAAGAAGAUGGGCGCUACAGAGAUUUUAAUACUGUCACAACACUACGGGUACCAGUAUUCAGGCCCAUGGACUUGAUGGUGGAAGCCAGCCCUAGACGAGUGUUUGCGAAUGCUCACACCUACCAUAUCAACUCCAUUUCAGUCAACAGUGAUUGUGAGACGUACCUGUCUGCAGAUGACCUGCGUAUUAACCUAUGGAAUCUGGAGAUCACGGAUCGCAGCUUUAAUAUUGUUGACAUAAAGCCAGCCAAUAUGGAGGAGCUGACAGAGGUGAUCACAGCAGCAGAGUUUCACCCCAACCAAUGCAACACUUUUGUCUACAGCAGCAGCAAAGGCACCAUCCGCCUGUGUGACAUGAGGGCAUCGGCACUCUGCGACAAGCACGCCAAACAGUUUGAAGAGCCAGAGGAUCCGAACAAUCGUUCGUUCUUUUCUGAAAUCAUCUCAUCCAUCUCUGACGUAAAGUUCAGCCACAGUGGACGCUACAUGAUGACCCGCGACUAUCUGUCCGUCAAAAUCUGGGAUCUCAACAUGGAGUCCCGGCCAGUAGAGACAUAUCAGGUGCACGAAUAUCUCAGAAGUAAAUUGUGUUCACUCUAUGAGAAUGACUGCAUCUUCGACAAGUUUGAGUGCUGUUGGAAUGGGAACGACAGCGUUGUGAUGACCGGUUCAUACAACAACUUCUUCAGGAUGUUCGAUCGAGGCUAUCGGCAGGACGUAACCCUAGAGGCGUCGCGGGAGAACAGCAAACCACGAUCGAUACUGAAACCUCGCAAAGUAAGCACAGGGGGGAAGCGCAAAAAGGAUGAGAUCAGUGUAGACAGUCUGGACUUUAACAAGAAGAUCCUCCACACUGCGUGGCAUCCUCUGGACAACAUCAUCGCUGUGGCCACCACUAACAAUCUGUACAUAUUCCAAGAAAAACUAAACUAGCAUUUGUUGAACCGCUCAGAUCCCAGUUUCCGCUCACGCCCCACUGCUCUUAUAUACUCAUACAAACGAUAUCUGUCUGCUUUUGGCUAAAUCCCCGAGUCUUGAUAUGAUCUGCCCUCACUGACGUUAGUAUUUAAUGUGACAAGACAACAAACAGUGGCAUUAACAGAGUACAUCCCAGGACACUGUCAGAAGCACAUUUUUCUUGUGUAUGACAAAUAUAAACAUGCAGGCUUUGUAGAUCUGAGUUGAGAAUUUGGGAUUUAGCAUCUAAUGGUUUUCGCCAUUAGGAGCACUCUACUCACCAAGCUAAAGUUUGCUACUCCACUACAUCCCAGACCAAAGGGAAAAUGUGUUUAACACACAUAUUUGGCUAGUUUGUUUCAAUAUUCUUUUGUGCCAUCAUGAUUCAUUUCUAUGUCAUAGCUACCAACUGUUAGGUUUUUGAGGCUACCAUGUUUUACUAGUUUGAAUAGGAAAUGAUUUCUUCCAUUCAUGUCUUUCUGUCACCAAGUCCCUUCUCGUGCUGCUCUGAAACACAGUGCUAAUACACGCUGUCUACACUCCAUAGUUGCCCCUAGUAUUUGUCAAGUUGCCAAGUUCACUCAUCAUUUCUUUCCUUAUGUACAGUAUGGUUAUGGCUGUUAAAGGACUAUUCUCGUAUUUAUCAUGUUCUAGCUCAAUCUCUACAAAUAGUGUAUAAUUACAUUACUGCUAACCCUUGUCCGCAGCAUACCAGUGUUUAUUAGAUGGUUCUUAUUCAUUUCUCUACAGUAAGAAAGUCAGCAAACUGACUUGACUUGUAUUUUAUCACAGUGAACUUUUUGUUAUCUUUGAUCAAGUCAGAGUAAAGCCAUGUUUCCACCAAAUACUUGCGGUAUAAUACCCUAAGAACCAGCGCGUAAUCUGUAACCUGUAACUGCAUUUGUGCUAAGCGUUUCCACUGCAGACAGUCCUCGUAAAUCUAGGCGGUGUUUUACAGGAUAACAAUAGCUUCAUCACUGUUCCGUCCAGCUCUCGCUAUAUUUCCUCUUCACAGACGAUGCAGAGGAACGUCCGUGGAACAGAGUUGUGCACUGGCAUUUUCAGAACAAAAAAGAGCAGGCUGGAGUGUUGACAGUCUCUGUCGUAAACGAUGGGAUAUUUGAAAAUAGCAGUUUUGUGCAGUGAGUUCUUGUAAAGCGAGAGCCUUCGUUAUCUCGUGACCAAUCAGUGGAAUGCAGUGUUUCUGGCUCCACCGGUUAGGAUUGGAUCAGUGUGCUACAUACCUCAACAGAAGGGCGAUGAAAAACAUGAUGGAGGGAAACGGUUCUAUCGGUACCAUCCACAGCUUUUGACAAUGGAAACACAAAAAUAACCGUCCAAUGUGUAACAAACUUAACUGAACAGGACUUCUUGGUGGAAACUAGGCCUAAUUGUUCCGUGAUUUAACAGCUGUAAGCAGAAGAGCUCAGUUCAAGCAUCCUGCAACGUCUGACAUAAAAGUUAAGUUACUUAAAAUCAACCUUUCAAAUGCAGAAAACAGUAAAAUCAACCUUUCCCCUAUUAAUACAUCCACGUUUCUUAAUUUUGUCUUCUCGAGGCUCUGAUACAGUAGCUUGUAAAUACAUUGGCUUUUGAUGAGCUGAUGCUCAAAACUGGAACGCUGGAUUGUCGUCAGCAUAUUAUCAUCAGGAUUUCAAACCAAUACCUGGUCUCCGCUACGUUACCAGAGUCUGAUUAAAUGUUCACUGACACGGAUCUUUUAUCUAUGUUUCAAGCCUUAAUGGUGAUUUUCUUUAUGCACUUAAAGGUGUACGUUUAGGAAAAUGGUCAGCAGUAAUGUAUAUAUAAUGUGUAGAUAAUGGCAAAAAAAACAUGAAAAGAAACACCAACAUAGUCCUUUGACAUGGUCACAAGAAUGCUGUGCGCACACAUUUGUGAGGUAUUGUGGUUUUUUGGAGUUGGAAGAAGGCUAAUCAUGCCAAAGUAACCAGUCCUACACAUCCUUAGGUUAUGCUCAUUUAGAGCUGUCUUGCAGACCAGGUGCCCCUGCUCGUGUGUGGACCCCGUUAUGAAGCUCAGGACAAACGCUUAUAUAAGUGUAAGGGCAUGAUGGCAUGAUGUAGCCUAAUUCUCUCGUGGUCGGUGGCACUAAAAGUUGAGUGCCCAUGCCAGCUUCCCCACAAAGCCUGCUGUAUUGUUGCAAAUUGAUUGAUCGCUUUAAUCUCUGGAUCUAGUUUCUGUUUGUAGAGUUUUUUUUAAUGAUGUUUUGUACUGUACCUGAUGAUAAAAGAAGAAAAAUCACUAUAGCUGAUUUAUUUUUGUAUAAAUUAAGGCAAUAGGAUUACAGUCUGAUCACUGUAGUUUCUUUAGCUGUUUAUCUCGGACUGAUUGUCGAUGGAAAUGUCGCCUGAUCCGGUGACCUUUUUGUCACGACUCUGGGACAUUUUGUUCAUUCUGGCAGGAAUUUUAAAAGCUAGACUUUUCGUGACAUCGAGAGAGAGUGUGAUGUUUCUCACGUGGGAUGUCCAAAGAAAAGUAUUUUCAGGUGUCAGUACCUCUUUAGUCAUAAGCACUAUAACAGUUUAUUUUUUUAAUUUGGCUGACUGUAACUGAUGUUUGUGUAGAUCUUAUUUGAAUGCUUCAGAGCUAAUUUGGAUAUUCUGUUUUUGUGCCAUGGUUUUUGUUUCCUGAUGAUUUUCUCGCUGUGAAAGAACAGGCCCCCCCGUGGGUCUAAAUGGGAAAGACAUAUUUAAUCAACAUUUAAUGUUAAAACUGUUAACGCUCUCUAAAGCUAGUCAUGUCAGUUGACUACACAGAGUUACUUAUUUUCAAUGAUAUUAUGAAAUGUCUUCUCUCUCCUGGAGAAUACAGAGUUGUUUAUUUAAAAAAGGAGAAUUUGUAAGGCACUUGCAGGUGACUGUUGAAUAGAAGUGUUCAUAAAUGACUGCUUUGAACAUGUAAAAAUACUUUAUAAAUUUAAGUCUGCUGUUUCUCUGCUACAAUAUGCUUCAGUCAAACCAAUUCUCUUCUGGAGCAAACAGGUCGAUUACAGUGCAGUUUUACUCUUCGUUAAAUGUACACUUUAGGACAGAUUAAGCCAUUGAAUCAGAACAUGAAGUUUAUUGAUCCACAGGAUCAUAUUUUUGUUAGUCAAUGUGUCAAUUUCACCUUUUAAGAGAACCGAUUUCUAAUCACCAAGAUACCACCGAAAUAACCACCCAUCUUCACUGAUGGUGUGAAGCUACUGCUGAGUGUCGCUCUCUCAGGGCUUGUGGGUAAUGUCCUCUACAAAUAAGACACUUUGCUAAUCUCUCUUUUUUAAUUUUUGAAAAACAACUUUUCUUUAUUGUCUGAUGCAAGGUUGCGCGAGGUUCAUUUGAAUUAUUUGCAUUACGCCACACACGUGUAAACCUGUAUUUUGUGGCACCUUUGUCCCAUUCCAUGAUCAAGGAUGAUCCAAUCAAUUAGCCAACAAUCAACAAGGAGAGUUUUUUAUUCAAAAUAAGAGAUCAAUGAUCAGCUUUUUCUCGACAUUCGUCCAAAGGAAGCAUUUACUCAAUUAUUUUUCAAUAGCUAUUGCUUUAGCAACCUGUUAGAAGAUGUGAGAAAUGCUUGAAAAUUUAAAAAAAAAUCUGUUUUUUUAAAAUGCUAUUGGAGCAAAAUUGACAAGAUUUCUCAAAAAAAAAAAAAAAAAAAAAAAAAAUCAGGUAACAUUGGCUUUUCAAAAAUCCCGUCUUUGCAGAUGCAGCAGAGGCGGUCAUCACAGACUGUAUGAGUGUUGGAGCAUUAUUUAAAAAACAGUUACUGGCAUUCAUAAAAGAUGAACAAUUAACCGAUAUACGUCACUUUCCCCUCAUUGUCUUCAUAGCUGUUGUUCAAGGCUACAGUGUAAACCACAAAGAACCCUAAUGCCUUCUCUUAUAGCGUUAAAAAAAAAAAGAUAAUCAAGUAUGUUUCUUGGACUCUGGCAUGCCAGACAGGCGACUGCUCAGGGGAAUUUACCGCUGCUCUGUGAUCAAAACCUUUACUUUUGGAGAAAAAAAACAGCUUUUCAGGACUUUUAAAUACUGCCUUAUUCACAGGUAGACCAUACACUUUUUGAAAUUCAAGUUGCUAUAAUGUUUUUUGAACCUUGGGUCUUGAUAUCUCAAGGAAACGGUCUAAAUUGGAGUUGUGAGGUUUUUCCACUUGAAGCAGCAUUAUAUACAUGUCUAAUGUAUCACAGGUGUUAAAAGAAAAUGCACUUUUUAUUUUUGUGAAUUUCAUUAAUUUGUAUGUUUUCGUUAAUUUCUUUCAAGGGGCUCUUGAAUAAAGAUUGUAGGAGAGUUUUGGUGAUCUGUGUGGGAGGGGAGGGGGCUACAAAUGGUUCAUUGUACAGCGAUGUUUUUGUCUUUGUCAAAUGGAAUAAAGUACAAUUUAGAUGAAAAGUAAUAAAGAAUUUCAAACCU